AUGGACUGGGGAUCCUUGCCUCUGGCAGCUCACGAUGUUUCCCCCAACUUCUGUGACUUCAGCAUACAAGAAGAUCUGGACUAUGACAUCACUCAGCAAGCUGAAUACCAAACGCUCGGUCAAGCGUUCGAAGAUGUUAUGAAUGAAAUCGAGAUGGAUGCUCAUUUGCCCUACACAGAGUCAAAUUACACGGAACUUCAACAUGAGCAACAGCAAUAUUCCGGUGAGAUGCAACCUGGAGCAGAACCUGUCUCCAUGCAAAAUAACCCAAAUCUGGUCGACAACGAUACUUAUACCACGUUUUGUGGUGUUUACUCACCUGAAAAGCUGUCUCCCGUGAGGAACAGUCGAAACACAGACUCACCGUAUCACUGCCCACGGUAUGACAACAAACUAGCUGCACGCAACAAUGUAAAAGAACGUUUCCCACACUGCAUAACCAAGGAUGGUAAUCCAGACGCACUGAGGUGGAAUGGUCAUACCAGCCUUAAACCACUUUGCAAAGGGGAAAUGAGAGACAAAGCGCGCUGUGACAGGUUUCGUGACAGCCUUGAAGCAUGGAGUGGUGUUGCAAUCCCCUCAAAGCUCUCGUGGGGUCAAGUAAUUGUCAAGUUCGUGUCCUCGGUGAGAGUCUCCUCAGCGAGACGAGGAAACCAUCUCUGUGCUGUCUGUGGCGGCGGAACCUUUUCAAAAAUCGAUCACGUCAAGAGUCACUUCAUUGGAUGUGUGAAAAGAUAUGGGAACCCUAAGGGAGCGAAUUGGUAUGAUCGCUUGGACCCCAAGCACAUUAAGAAACAUUUACCAGGAAGGCCUGAUGCCACUGUAUAUGCUCCACCAACCAUCGCGUCCAGUUACGCUCCUGUCAUGCCUUUGGGGGAUCAGGGGUCCCAUCCAGCAGCAGCCUACACGUCCACCCCAGUCAACUAUGUUCCAGCUAUGUCGCAAGAGUACCAGUCGUCCCUUUCGGAGUACCCACCCAUCCCGCUUGACUACACUCCAAUCAUGAAUCACGGAGAUCAGCCGCCAUUUCCAGGAGAGUAUCCGCCGAUUGCUCCAAUUCUCUUGCAGCACAAUGCAAAUGCUUUUUCGACCUUUUCGUCCCACUCACUGAGAUUCCGUCGAGCAGUUACGCGAAAUCCCCUCGAUUUCACCAUGGAGCAACACAUAGUAGAGCAAUACUUGGCGAGGAUAGGAUACGCUUCAGGCCCAGAGCAACAAUUACCAGAGCCAGAGCCAAACCCAAACCCAAGACGGAAUUUUAGACUAGCGGCGAUUGAGGAAGUCCAGGCACAGAUUCUAGACCAGCUCCAAGAGCAAUAUGCAGCUCAACAACAAGCUGCCUCUACCAUCUCAUCAAGACCAGCGAUCCAAAAUUGCAGUCCGGACCUACGCGAGGAAGCAUCAUCGCCAUCUAUUUUCCCUGACAUGUCUUCCACAGCUUCCACGCCUGGUACAGAAGCUGACUACCAGCAUUGGGAGCCUAACCUCGAGCGCGAGUCUCUAUUACCCACCCCGCCUUCGGCACCCCCAACAAAGGCCGAAAUACUUGUAGGACUACAUUCUGAGCUCGAGCGCCGUCAGAAGACAUGCCUGGGGAUCGAGCGUCAGAUCAAGGCUUGCCAGAAAGCUAUCCGGACUCAUCCGUCUAGGCAGAAGAAGAUCGAGAAGGAGUAUGACAAACGGAUCGCGAAAUUUGGGAAGCCAGUGCCUGGUGAAAAACAAGAAACGGUCGAUGCCGAGAAGCAGAAAGAUGCCAAAACAGCAGAAGAAGCCGAAAUCGAGGAAAUGAGGGAUAUCUACAAACAAUACGAUCGCGAUUUAUCUGGAAUCCCGACCGCGGAGUCGGUGGAUGCUUUCUUCGCCGUCAUCGCUAACACUGAAAACCACCUCAAGAAGGCUGAAGAAGCGAACAAGGUUGCAAAGAAGCGAGAAGCAAGAUUGGAGGAAAAGCUUUACGAGGCAAGGUGCGCAGUGUUUGAAAUGGAGGAUGAGAUUGAGGAGGUGGAGAAUGGAGCGACGGAAAAAGAGGUCAGGGAGCCGGAAGUGGAGAAAAGCAGGAUUGAGGGUCACAAGAAGGGUGAGAGGAAGCCAAAGCGUGGGAAAGGGGUCAAAGAUAGACAAAAAGGGGAAGGAGAAGGCGGCGAUAAAAGAGUACGGAUAAGACGUAAGAGGCGGUGGAAGAUAUCUAGCAAAGCUGGGAAGACGAGUUCAGAUAUUGCUUUGGAUAGCUAG